AUGACUACUGCCAUCAGCAACUACAGACAGCACCAGCUGGACCCACCAGUCCAGGUGCUUCUUCCACCCACUCUCGCCGCAGCAGAGUUCGAUAAGCUUCUGACCUCACCCUCGCACCCCAAAGCAGCCUUCACAUUCCCAGCUCUAGACGACUGGCUUGAGAAACUACUGCAAAAUCUCAACCUGCAGCAGAAUGAAGCGCAUCCCUUCCACAAGCACCCCUACAAGCUGCGCUCCAUCCAAGUGCAAGCUGUCGACUGGUUCUGGCGAGGCCGUCCUGGCCUUGAAGACAAGUUAGGCUUCAUGAAGAUCCAGUCCAGCAUCGAAACAGAUCCCUACGUUCACGAAGGCGAAGACAAGCCAAGAGCCGAUUGGAUCCCUGGAGCCGUGUUUCUGCGAGGUGGAAGCGUCGCUGUGCUGAUCAUCGUGCAACCAGAAGACGCAAAAGACGAAGACGAGAAACACGCCAUUCUGACAGUCCAGCCUCGCAUCGCAGCAGGAUCUCUGGCUUUCACGGAGAUACCGGCCGGCAUGCUGGACGGCGGCUCCUUGAAAGGCGCAGCUGCUAGUGAGAUCGAACAAGAAGCGAAACUCAAAGUCAAGGAGACUGAUCUGAUCAACUUGUCGGAGCUAGCCCUCCACGGUAUACCCACGACGCCUUGGAAGGCUGGCCAUGACACGUCUGCGACAGAAGGCUCUGAGAGCGUCCAAGACGCCAUGUACCCAAGUGUCGGUGCUUGCGAUGAGUUCAUCCCCAUUCUUCUUUGCCAGAAGCGCCUUACUCGACGCCAUAUGAACUGGCUGAAGGGCAAAGCCACAGGUCUGCGUGACGAAGGCGAGAAUAUCACACUCAAGCUGGUACCGAUGGCGAGGGCUUGGAGGGAGGCUGGGCGAGAUGCCAAAGCGCUUGCCGCCAUUGCAUUGUAUGAGAAUUUGAAGAGAGAAGGACAGAUACCGAGUUUGCCUCGGCAAGUAGAGACUGAGCCGGAUGAUCUCAACUAG